GGCUCGCCCUCCGCCCGCGGAGCCGCACCGCCCGAGCCGCCGAGCCGCGCGGCCGCCCGCCGCCUGGGCCCCGAGCCCACCGCGCCUCCCGCCCGCCGCCCUCGGAGGACGGCCGGCCAUGGACGCCUGCAAGUUGGAGCCGAGCGGGAGGGUGUGAGCGCGCCGGGGGCCGGGAGCCCGCGCAGCGCAGCGGGGCAGCCGGGCGCGCCGGGGGUGGGUCCCUCUCCCCAGCCGGGCUCUGCGUGGAAGAAGAGGGCGGGGACCGGCGCCGGGAGGAGAGCGGAGGAGGAGAAGGGGGCAUGACUCGUGCAACUUGCGGCGGGCAUCCACCGAGCCUCUGAGCCGCCGGCGGCCCGGGGCCGGGAUUGCGGCCGCGCCGAUCGCACCCAGCCCACCCCGCCCCGGACGACGGCUGCGGCUGACCUGGAUCCUCGGAGCGCCCGCCGGCCGGCAGCGAUCGGCCUUCGUCUUCCGGGCUGGUUUCUGGAGCGCGGGGAGCGCUCUCCUCGCGGCCCCUCUCGCCGGACCCCCGGACCCCGAUGGCUCGGAUGGGGCUUGCGGGCGCCGCUGGACGCUGGUGGGGACUCGCUCUCGGCUUGACCGCAUUCUUCCUCCCAGGCCCCCACGCCCAGGUGGUCCAGGUGAACGACUCCAUGUACGGUUUCAUCGGUACGGAUGUGGUGCUGCACUGCAGCUUUGCCAACCCGCUGCCCGGCGUGAAGAUCACCCAGGUCACGUGGCAGAAGGCCACCAAUGGCUCCAAGCAGAAUGUGGCCAUCUACAACCCAGCCAUGGGCGUCUCCGUGCUGGUCCCCUACCGCGAGCGCGUGGAAUUUCUGCGGCCCUCCUUCACCGACGGCACCAUCCGCCUCUCCCGCCUGGAGCUGGACGACGAGGGAGUCUACAUCUGCGAGUUCGCCACCUUCCCCGCCGGCAAUAGAGAAAGCCAGCUCAACCUCACCGUGAUGGCCAAACCCACCAACUGGGUAGAGGGUACCCAGGCAGUGCUUCGAGCCAAGAAGGGGCAGGACGACAAGGUCCUGGUGGCCACCUGCACCUCGGCCAAUGGGAAGCCUCCCAGCGUGGUGUCCUGGGAAACACGCCUGAAGGGCGAAGCGGAGUACCAGGAGAUCCGGAACCCCAACGGCACGGUGACUGUCAUCAGCCGCUACCGCCUGGUGCCCAGCCGGGAAGCCCACCAGCAGUCCCUGGCCUGCAUCGUCAACUACCACAUGGACCGCUUCCGGGAGAGCCUCACCCUCAACGUGCAGUAUGAGCCCGAGGUGACCAUCGAGGGGUUUGAUGGGAACUGGUACCUACAGCGAAUGGACGUGAAGCUCACGUGCAGAGCCGAUGCUAACCCCCCAGCCACCGAGUACCACUGGACCACGCUGAAUGGCUCUCUCCCCAAGGGCGUGGAGGCCCAGAACAGAACCCUCUUCUUCAGGGGGCCCAUCAACUAUAGCCUGGCAGGGACCUACGUGUGUGAGGCCACCAACCCCAUCGGCACGCGCUCGGGCCAGGUGGAGGUCAACAUCACAGAAUUCCCCUACACCCCGUCUCCUCCCGAACAUGGGCGGCGCGCAGGGCCGGUGCCCACGGCCAUCAUUGGGGGCGUGGCGGGGAGCAUCCUGCUGGUGGUGAUCGUGGUCGGAGGGAUCGUGGUGGCCCUGCGCCGGCGCCGGCACACCUUCAAGGGCGACUACAGCACCAAGAAGCAUGUGUACGGCAAUGGCUACAGCAAGGCGGGCAUCCCCCAGCACCACCCGCCCAUGGCCCAGAACCUGCAGUACCCGGACGACUCGGAUGAUGAGAAGAAGCCCGGGCCCCUGGGCGGGAGCAGCUAUGAGGAAGAGGAGGAGGAGGAGGGCGGCGGGGGGGGCGAGCGCAAGGUGGGCGGCCCCCACCCCAAAUACGACGAGGACGCCAAGCGGCCCUACUUCACCGUGGAUGAGGCGGAGGCCCGUCAGGACGGCUACGGGGACCGGACUCUGGGCUACCAGUAUGACCCCGAGCAGCUGGACUUGGCCGAGAACAUGGUUUCUCAGAACGACGGGUCUUUCAUUUCCAAGAAGGAGUGGUACGUGUAGCUGCCUCCCUCCAGAGCCUCUGUCUGCGCCCCUUUCUCCCCAGCCCCCACCCGCACGCCCCCUGCCCAUCCCCGUGCCCGCUCCUGCAGGAGCUCCACAGAGACUCACCCAGCUUCCCAAAGCCAGCCCCACACUCCUGGGGAGCGGGGAGCCCAGGACAGAUGCGACCUGGCUUGGUUUUGAUUUCCUCCCCGUCCCUGGCCCGCCCCAUGCUGUUGUGUUCACUGUGGGCUUUGGUGUUGCUGUUCCUUUCCUCCCUUGGCCCUCCGCCUGCCCUCUGUGCGGGGAGCCCUGUUCUCGUCUUGUGUACCUGGGCGCCCCUCCAGGGUUUGGGGAGCCAGCCCUCCCCCACCUCCCAACACUGGAAUCUGUUUGUGUCCUUUCCGGGGUGGAGGGCUGAGGGGGCUCCCAGGGGAAAAGCCCCACCCCAUCCCCAGAUGCUGCUCUUUUCCCAGGGAGAGGGAACCCAGUCCUCCCUGCCACGAGCAGCCGGGAGCUCGGACCCCCGGUCUAGACAGCCAUUGCACCCGAGAGGCAGGGAGGUACUUCUCCAAAGCACCCAGGGUCGUCUUGUUACGUGAAUGGAGUUGAGGUCCCCACCCAGGGCCUUGGGCAGUGUGUUUUCCCGGUGAGGUUGGUUUUACAUUUUUUUUCCUCAUUGGCCAACGGAGAGUGAAGUUGGCCCAGCUCUGGUGUGUCUCUCCUCUUGACCCCUAUCUGCUCCCCACACACUGGGGCUCCGGGUGGACUCUGGCCCACGCUUCCCAUAUGCCUCUACCAACACAUGACGCAGACACCUACAUGCACACUCACCACUCAUGUCCACCCCUCGUUCCCCUGGGGUCACAUGCCCUUGCAGGCUGGACACCGCCGGGGCCCACCCCUCUCUGCUCCACCUCUCCCCCUCCCAGCUGAGGAUGGGGACACCUUCAGAAGUUUCCGGGGACAGCUGAGACCAGAGCCCCCUGGAGCCUCUAUCCUAGGAGCUCAGGCUGGCCCUAAAAUGCUUCUUUCGGCAGGGGAGUUUCUCAGACUUCUCCCUUAUCUGUCAAGUGCUAGCUUGAUUCUCCUGGGGAGUCAGGGCUGGGGUCCCUAGGAUGUCCUGGUGUCAGAGGUGACUGAGUACCACCACAGAGGGCAAUGCGGAAGGGAGUCAACGGUAGAAGUUUUGCAAAUACAGAUGCUGAAGAGUGCAGCUGGUACCCCACCCUCCAAGGCCAAUGCAGAUGUUCUGGGCUUGCCAGAAAGUACAGGGGCAGUAGGGUAGCCAGGAAUCCUGAUUCAGAAGCCCUUGCCCGCCACUCUCCACUCCUGGCUCAGCUAUACCUGGUCUCCAUUCUGGGAGGGGGAGGGAGUGGGGGAUCCUUGGGAAAGCUUUCCCUUUGAGUUACAGAUUCCCUCCUUGAAUGGGGCUCUGGAUUCCCAUCAGUCACCCAGGACGAGGGCUUCCUGUCUGUACAGUGGGGGAAAGGCCCCUCCCAGCCCUCUCCAGUCCCCCCAGUUCAAAGUGCCUCAGUUCCUCCAUCUGCUCACCCUGGUCCCCCCAGCUCUCUAGAUAGGAAAGACCCUGGGAUGGGAGAGGCAGGCUUAUGCCUGCCCAUUAGGGUUCCAGUUAACUCAGCCCAGGCUGUCAGGGGCUCUGUGGGAUGGCAAGUGUUGGGGGGGGGAAGGGAAGCAGACCACUCUGUGCCCCACGGGCACUGACCUACCUGCCAUAGGCUUCCCAAGGGAGCCCCAGCCCCCAGCCACCACCACCCCGCUCCCCUCCCUGGUGCUGCUAUUGAACCCCCAGCCAGCCCUGUCUCUGCCCUGGCGACCCUGGGCCCACCAGCUGGGCCACCCUCACCCGGCCCCCACUGCCCUCGCCCCAGCCCUGGCUGCCCAGUAGCCACGUAGCAGAAGUCUGAAGCCAUGCCAGCCCUGGGGCAGCUCUCCUCUCUUGGCAUUAGGGAUGCUGGAUGGGGUGGAGUUGGGGAAGAACAUGCUGGGGUCUUUCUUGCUGCAGGGCAGAGGCGGGCAGAGGAGUUGGGCUGCUUCUCCUAGCAGUAUUAGUGUUCCCCCAGGGCAGAGGACCUUUUCCAUGUUACAUCACUGCCCCAUCCCAUCUCACGGCACUCUGGCCCUUCUGUCCGGUCUCCUGGCCCCCAGGCAGGAGGAAAUCCCGGAGGCAUUCUCUGUCUUCUUGAAACCAUGAAACUGAAAGAACUCUUCCCCGUGUCUCCCUUAUCCUACACUACCACCCCCUAUUCCUCAUUAUAUGAUGUACUUAGGAGGGCCCCUGGGCCCAGCCAAAGCACUGAGUCCCCCUUAAGACACCUCCAUACCCUUCCCCCAAGCAAAGCACAAACUGGGACCCAUGCCACAUGCAUGGGCCAUGUGGGAGGCUCCUGCCUGUCCGAGAACCCUGCAGCACACCCAGCAGGGCAGUUGCUACUCGGGGGCCGAAGGUAGGCAUGAGGCAGGCAGGGGUCCACACUCAGGCCUGGAAAGGUGGGGUUUUCCGUGCCCCAAGUCUGCGGGAAGGUGGGCCCUGCUGCUGGGCGCCCCCAUAGCCCACUGGCAAAGGGGAGGUCUGGCCCAGCAGAGAGAUGAGGACGUUCCGCUUCUCCUUCAUGCCCCCAGCCUGAGCUGAGCUUCUGCCUUUGCUGGAAAUGAAAUAAACUUGGUAUUCCUUGUGCCAAGGCAUCCCCCAGUUGUCACCCUGCCUCUUGUUACCCUCCCUGUUCUUGCCCCCCCUCCCCUAACCUCCCCCAUUUCUUUAAGAUUUUGAUAAUGUUCUAAUGUGUAAACAAACCAUCUGAGUCCCCUUCCAUCAGAAGGAGCUGAAAAGCAGCAGCGUGGGAUCGGUGAUCACGAGCAGGCACGCACAGCCACGUCAGGCCCAGUCCACACGCACGCGGGGCACACGCCCCUCCAACAGACCCAAGCACAGGUGCCCCGGCGCAGGCACAGGUGCGCAUGCGCAGCCUCGGGAGGGGGGGCUGGGCUGAUCCUGCUGAAAGCCCCACGGGGAGAGGUGAAUUCCCAGCGCUCAGGCCAUUAGAGAGACUCACGGGGGCCUCGUUUCCCCGGGCGUGUGCCCCCUCUGCCAGCCCCCUCCCACGUGCCCCAGCCACUGGUGCAAUAAUUUUUUCUGCCAUCCUCCAAGCAGAGGAAUCGGGAAUCGGGAAUCGUGUUAGGUGGAUGAGGCCCGGGAGGAGGAGGGUGCUCACAGGCCUCCAGGGCCCCAGACGGACCUCUCCACCAGGAGCCCGCGCCCACCAAGGAGCAGGCGGGACCCUCCCAGGCCCCCGCGCCUACAGAGAGCCCUUCUCUGGCCUCGGGCGCCCCGGGGGGGAGCAGGCCCUGAGAGGGCCCCUGGGGCCUCUCGCUGCUACUGUCCCACUGGAAGGCCAGAGGCACCCCUGCUCCAGGUGCUACUGCUCUCCGACUCCUGCUGUGAGGAACAGGAUUCUGGGCCGGAAAACAGUGGUUUCCUCUUUUUGUAUAAAACGGUAACAAAAUCCAGGAGAAGCUGCCACCCCUCACCUCUGAGUGCGCCGCGCUACCUUGCCUUCAGUUUCUUCGUCAUGGUUUCGUCUUUGGUCCCAGGGACGGCCCAGCAGGUUCUCCUGGUUCGGAACCGGGGGGUGUUUGCAUCACCCCCUUUUACUUGUAUAAAAAAAAAAUGAUGGGUUGAAAAAUGUACUGAGGAAAAAAAAUGUACUUUUUUAUAAAUAAAGUGUUUAA